AUGCCCACCCUACUAGCCGCCUACCUCCCGCGCCUCACCGCCUCCCACCACCCUCCCUCGUCUCGCCGCCCUCCUGCCUCCCCUCCCUCCUCCCGCUCCUCCCCGUCCUCCCCUACCGCCACCUCUCCCCGCUGCUCCUCUCCUUCCUCCCGCUCGACCCGCUCCGCCACCUCCACCGCCACCUCCUCGGCAUCAAUCUCACCUCGACCCCGCUCGCCGACGCCGCGCUCUCCGCCUACUCCCGCCUCCGCCUGCCCGCACCUCGCCGCGCAGCUCCUCCACUCCCUCCGCCGCCGCGGCCACGCCCGCCCCUCCCUCCAGGCCGCAAACGCCGUCCUCUCCGCGCUCGCGCGCAGCCUCUCCACCUCGCCGCAGGCCUCCCUCGACGCCUUCCGCUCCCUCGUCGCGCUCCGCCUCCACCCCAACCACUACACCUUCAACCUCCUCGUCCACACCCACUGCUCCAAGGGCACCCUCGCCGACGCCCUCGCCACGCUCUCCACCAUGCAGGGCUUCGGCCUCUCCCCCGACGCCGUCACCUACAACACGCUCCUCCACGCGCACUGCCGCAAGGGCAUGCUCGGCGAGGCCAGGGCGCUCCUCGCCAGAAUGAAGAAAGAUGGGAUCGCGCCCACACAACCAACCUACAAUACCCUCGUGUCGGCUUACGCGAGGCUCGGGUGGAUCAAGCAGGCCACCAAGGUCGUGGAGGCCAUGACAGCCAACGGCUUUGAGCCUGACCUGUGGACGUACAAUGUGCUCACCGCUGGGUUGUGCCAGGCGGGGAAGGUGGACGAGGCGUUUAAGCUCAAGCAUGAGAUGGAGCGGCUUGGAACUUUGUUCCCAGAUGUUGUGACCUACAAUACACUCGCUGAUGCGUGCUUCAAGUUUCGGUGCUCGUCUGAUGCACUAAAGCUGCUUGAGGAAAUGCGUGACAAGGGGGUGAAGGCGACUUUGGUCACGCAUAACAUUGUUAUCAAGGGCCUUUGCAAGGAUGGAGAGUUGGAGGAGGCGCUGGGGUCUCUGAAGAAGAUGGCAGAAGAUGGUUUAGCGCCAGACGUGAUCACGUACAAUACGUUGAUUGAUGCACAUUGUAAGGCCGGCAAUGCUGCCAAAGCAUAUCAACUAAUGGAUGAGAUGGUAGGGAGGGGACUCAAAUUGGACACCUUCACACUCAAUACUGUGUUGUACAACCUAUGCAAGGAGAAGCGUUACGAAGAAGCUCAGGUGCUGUUGCAGUCUCCAGCGCAAAGGGGUUUCGUGCCUGAUGAAGUCAGCUAUGGCACAGUGAUGGCAGCCUACUUCAAGGAGUAUAAUCCUGAGCCUGCUCUGCAUCUGUGGGAUGCCAUGAUUGACAGGAAGUUGACGCCAAGCAUUUCAACUUACAACACAUUGAUCAAGGGGCUCAGCAGAAUGGGGAGGUUGAAAGAGGCGAUGGACAAGCUGAAUGAGCUCAUGGAGAAGGGGUUGGUGCCGGAUGAAACCACAUAUAAUAUCAUCAUCCAUGCCUACUGCAAGGAAGGGGACUUGGAGAAUGCCUUCCAGUUCCACAACAAGAUGGUGGAAAAUUCCUUUAAACCGGAUGUUGUUACCUGCAACACUUUGAUGAAUGGACUGUGUCAGCAGGGAAAGCUUGACAAAGCAUUGAAGCUCUUUCAGUCAUGGGUAGAGAAAGGGAAGAAGGUUGAUGUUAUCACAUACAACACACUAAUUCAAGCUAUGUGCAAAGAUGGGGAUGUUGAUACUGCGUUACAGUUUUUUUCUGAUAUGGAGGUCCGGGAAUUGCAGCCCGAUGCAUUUACUUACAAUGUAGUGUUAUCUGCACUAUCUGAGGCAGGGAGACUAGAAGAAGCGCAGAAUAUGCUGGAUAAGUUAGCUGAGAGUGGAAAAUUGUCUCAAAGCUUUUCUUCUCCCCUAUUGAAGCCUCCUUCUCUGGAUAAAACAGAGUCAGUGAAGGAUCUCCAGGUUAAAACUGAGGACGAAACUGGUGGAAAUCCGCAAGAUAGUAUUCUGGAGGACUACACGAAACGCCUAAAUGAGCUAUGCACCGGUGGGCAAUUGAAAGAAGCUAAGGCUAUUUUGGAUGAGAUGUUGCAAAAGGGAAUGUCUGUUGACAGUUCAACAUAUAUAUCUUUGAUGGAAGGGCUUAUCAAGAGACAGAAAAGGCUAACACAUGCAGCUGGGUAGUACAGACUGUUGAUUUUUGCUGCUUUAUGAUAUGAGUUAGUCAUAACUCUGACAAACUUGAGCUCUUUAUAUCGAUGAGCAUGAUGUACAUAAAAGGGGUAGGUAUGUGAUCUGUGUCUUUCCUAAUUUCACCAUUAGAAUUGUUUCAAUUUCAAUAC